AUGUGUCACCGUAUCCCGCAAGCGCUAGGCGUGAGAUAUAAUGUCAUGUUUCCUGUGGCACACAUUCGCGAACCCUUCAGAUACAUGAGGUUUAAUGAGCUGGUCCUCUUGGUUCGCUUCGUGUCUGUAGUCUGCAUCAUCUGUUGCGGGUUAAUUUAUGUGACAUUCUUCACGUUCUUUGCUGAUCACUCAGUUAUCGAUUAUCAGUACGUUAACGCUGUUGAUGAAUCUCUCUUGAGAAACAGAGUUGACUUCCACGAAGUACUCAUUGAUAAGCGUUGCUCGAGAACAACUUCACGAUGUUAUAGUGUCUUCGACAGGAAGAUUUUUAAAGAGAAUUCCGAAGAAAUCGUUGAACGUCACCUUCUAAUUGAUGGGUACUCUGACGAAAGUGACACUGCUAUUCGUCUUAUUGCUCCAAAAGAUGAAUUUUUCGAUAGUUCGGACACAAGAAUUUGGAAAACCCAUCAUUCCGAUAUCCGUUCCCAAUAUGUUGCUGGAAUGCUUGCCGCACCAUUUUUAUUUUCAUCUCUGUCACUGCAUUCACAGGACGUAGGAAAAAAAGUACUGGAAAUCGGACUUGGCGGAGGAAGUUUUGAUAUGAAUCUGCACAGAUUAAAACCAGAUGUGAACAUCACUGUCGUGGAAUUGGAUUCAACGGUUGCAACCAUUGCAAUGAAAUGGUUUGGUGUAGUAGAUGCGAAGAAUCGUCGUACAGUUGUUCAGGAUGGUCUUGACUAUGUCAAGCAAGCUGUUGAUACAGGUCUGAAAUUCGAUGUCGUGGUUUUGGAUGCCUGUGACAGUGCAAUAAGAUCACCUUGUCCUGCAAAGGAAUUUCGUAGUGUGGAAGUUAUUGAGACUUUCAAACGGAUUCUCACAUCUUCAGGUUGUCUUGUCGUUAACAUCCUUUCACACGAUUCCGAUGAAAGUAGCAGCAGCUCACAAGAGACUGUGCGCUUGUUCACUUCUGUGUUCCCCACGUGCUUACAGAUGCGCAUGGUGCAGGAGACCAACAUCAUCCUCGCAUGUGUGCCGUAUACGAUAAACGACAUUGAACAACAGCUUAGCUUUUAUGACAGUAGAUUGAAAACGGUUAUCUCGGAUCUGAAGCUUGAUAGGAUUUUGAAUAAGAUCAGAAGCAAUGAGCGAAGAAAUGAAGAAGUUCUCACGUGUGGUUUACUGAGAAUAAAGGUCACAUAUCACUGUUUUGGUGGCUCGUGCUGGUUACUUCCAGUUAGUGUUUUGCUGCUACUUCGAAAUAUACCUGUGGAGCGAAGACUCGUAUUCAAGCAGUUGCAAAUUCUUAUACUCAUAAUGUCUUACAGUAACGAAUUUGAUUUUCCUGAACUUGGAACGACUAUUUCGUUUCGAGAUUAUCGAUGGGAUGUACUGAAGAAAAUAUAUGAUGGUAUUUUUUCACACGUGUAUUUGCUUCGGGAUGUCACCGACAAACGCAAAUUAUACGCUAUGAAGGUGGAAAAGCAAGAAGGUUGCGAAAGGCCGGUGCUCAAACUUGACGUAGCAGUACUGUCACAGAUGCGCUCUGUUAUCGGAUUCCCAAGGAUGUUGGUUGCUGGCAGAACUAGCACAUUCAAGUUUUGUGUAAUGCAACUGGUUGGACCGGAUCUUAGAGCUCUUAUGUUUGCUAUGCCGAAUAAAAGAUUCUCGCCAUCAACGGCUUACCGUAUUGCCUUACAAACUUUGGAUCGACUUGAGAAACUUCAUGAUGCAGGAUAUCUUAACAGAGAUGUGAAAUCACAGAAUUUUGCGAUUGGAAUCGGAAGAGAAAGUUCAAUUAUUUAUAUGCUCGACUUCGGUCUUACGAGGAAGUAUAGGAGCGCAGAUGGAACCGCACUGAAACGUCGUGGAUGCGGACCUUGUGUUGGAACCUUUCCAUUUACUCCGCUAGCUUCAGCGACUAUGAAAGAUCAGGCUCCCAAAGACGACCUUGAAGGAUGGUUUUACAUGAUUAUGGAAGUAUUUCUGGGAUUUCUUCCAUGGCAUAACGCAAGAAUUACUCUUGACCAUGGUUUAACUCGUGAAUGGAAACAAUUCGCCAGAGAUGGUUUCCGUAAUGAAAUGCUUGCUAUGCUUCCAAGUGAAUUCACUUCAAUAUUUAACAACAUUAUAAAUACAAGGUUCGAGCAACGUCCUAAAUAUCAUUUUAUACAACGAAUGAUCUCUAAUAGUGCUACACGUCAUGGGAUUAGACUGAAUAUUCCAUAUGAUUGGCAGGUGGAACCGAGUUUGUUGAAUCUCAUGGAGCAGGCAACAAGUUACGGUCAUAAUCAUAAAAUCAUAAGAAAAAUUGCUGAUGAACCAGAGAUCACUACCGUGUUGGAGGAGACCGUGGAUAAUGCGAUAACGACAGCAGUUUCGUGA